AUGCUGCAAGCUGCUAUCCAGGGCAGACGGGUUUUGUCUGCUGAAGAGAUUACAUUCUCCAUGAAAGUCCGAAACAUGUACGAGCAUGGUGACGAACGAGCUGCCCAAUGGAUCUAUCCUGCCAGCAUCGCGAUCUCCGGAAAGACUACCCCAGAACUUACCAGAGACACCUCUUCUCCCGAUAUGGUGAACGGUAGCCUGAGUGUCGACAAGACGCGAGAGCCGAAUACCGACAACUGGCCGUUGACCGAGCAGAGGUCAAGCUACCUGUCGACAUAUUCACGUGAUGCGCGUGAGUUAGCUGGAGGCAUUGAGGACUGGGAAGACGUUGACAGCUCUGCCGUCGACCGGUAUGGCUUCAUUCACCAGGAUCGCACAACGGGUCGAGCCUCGGUCAUGUCCGAUCGCCACCAGAUAGGCACUGGGAUGCAGAGAGUGGCAACAUCACUCCGAGUAGAAGCUGAACAGCCACGUCGAGAACGAAAACUAGUGCGAGGACCCUCCAACCCGCGCUCUUCAAGAUCAGUACCACCGCGGCCCAGCAAUGACUGGGCCGGCAAGAAAGGACCGCCAUCGGUACAUAGUACUCACUCGACGAGUUCGACUCGAAACCUCUUCCGCUCGAGGACUAAACGGGUACUCGCUGAGGCUUCCGAUAUGCUCACACUGCCACCAGGUCUCGAAGACAUUGAUGAGAAUGAGGAUGCUGGCAAGACCGCUUCAGUGCUCAAGCAGCGCGAAUGGGCACGAGAAGAGAAGUGGCGAAAAAUGGCUAGACCUGCAAAACGUUCGCGAGAAGCGAAGGGAGGCGGCAUGCAUUUCGAAUUCGAUACGACAGAUCCGAAACUGAUUGAACGAACAUGGAAAGGCAUUCCUGACCGAUGGCGAGCCACAGCUUGGCAUAGCUUCCUGGCAGCCUCUGCGCGAAGACGAACCAGCCUUGCAACAGAUGAAGAGCUGAUAGGACAGUUCCACAAACUGCAGGCAGUGAGUUCCGCGGACGACGUUCAGAUCGAUGUUGAUGUACCGCGGACUAUUCAGCUCCAUGUCAUGUUCAGGAGGAGAUAUCGAGGAGGCCAACGACUACUUUUCCGCGUUCUUCAUGCCAUGGCGCUCUACUUUCCAGAAGUCGGCUACGUCCAGGGUAUGGCGAGCAUAGCUGUCACAUUGCUUUGCUACUUUGAUGAGGAGAACGCGUUCGUGAUGAUGGUACGCAUGUGGCAAUUGCGAGGACUCGAAAGCUUCUUUAGGGAAAACUUCAGUGGUCUCAUGGCCGCAUUAGAGGACUUCGACAAGCAAUGGCUACUGGGUGGACCGGUCCACGACAAACUUGCCGAGCUUGGAAUCACAUCUAUGACUUAUGGAACACGAUGGUAUCUAACCCUAUUCAACAUGAGCGUACCAUUCCCGGCGCAAUUACGAAUUUGGGAUGUCUUCAUGCUCCUCGGCGACGAUCUCUCUGCACCUAAAACCAACCCACCACCACCGAGUAACACACCUAUGAAAGGACCUUCGACGACCCAGACGCCUGCUGCCACAGAUGCCCACCCUUUCGGCGGCGCGAGUCUGGAUGUCUUGCACGCCACAAGUGCUGCGUUGAUCGACGCCACCCGGGCUAUCAUCUUGGACAGCGAUUUUGAAAACGCGAUGAAAGUGCUCACAUCCUUCAUCCCGAUCAAGGAUGAGGAUAUGUUGAUGCGUGUCGCCCGGACGGAAUGGAAAUUACGUCAAAAGAAGAAGGUAUAGCAUGCCUUGGGACGGAGCGGCGGCGGGCGACCAUUGAAACAGGUUCAUGGCACGACUUUUGAAAUUCUUGUCAGGAGUCGGAGUGAGAGUUUUUUUUCAUAGGCGUUUUGGAUAAGGCACAGACCAGGCACGCUUCAUCAGGGGAAGAAGGGGGGGUUUUUUUUUGCCUCGUCAUUUCGUUUGAGAUACCCUGAGUCAAAACAUUAUAUGGAUUUAUACUAUAGUAAUAUGGUAAUGUAUAGAAUCACCGAGUACUUAUC